CAAUGACAUUUUAAGAUGUGUUGUUGUUUGUAUUGUGUAGAUGACUCGUAGCAUAAACCUUUUAAUUAAAAUUAUAAUUAGCUAAUUAUCAAUUCAUUAGGUACCUUAAAAAUGUACAUAACAAUGUAGUUUUACCCAUGUUAAAAGUCUAAGAUGUAUAAACGAGACUAAACACUGUUUUCUUUAGGUUAUUCUUGCAAGUUGGUUCAAAACAAUGGGCAAAAACAAAAUGAUAGCAAAAAGUUGCCCCAAGUGCGAAAUGCAGGUGGCAGUGGCCUCCAAAGCUUGUAAGUGCGGUCACACUUUCUUCGCGGCGCGCCGGGGCGCCGACAACCUGCCGGCCGUCGAGGACAUUCGGCGGCGCACGGGCCGUGUGAGGCGCUCACAGCCACAGUUCUACGACGCUCAGCAUUACCAGAAGCAGAUCAAGCGGCGGUCACCAAAGAAGAGAGGUUCAGAUGACGAUUACAAAGGAAACAAGGAUAAAAGUGAGAGUGCAACGGCGCGGGCGCGCCGGCGCCGCGCGCUGCGGCGCGCGCAGCGGCCGGCGCCCGCCGCCGCCGAGCGCGCCGCGCGCGACCCCACGCCGCUGCUCAAACCCUCUCAGCUGGCGCGCUGCAGCCUCAUAUUGCAGGAGAUCAACAGGAAAAUGCGGGCCGUCACGUGGCAGCCGCCCACAGACAUGUAAUUGUAAUCCCACUGCUGCCAGCAUAUCCCUGAUGAAUAAGUUGCCAGAGGCAGAGUAGAAGUCACUCUCGAACCUUCACAGCUGGUGUGGUGGAGCCCUCAUAUUGCAGGAGAUCGAUAGGAAAAUGCGGGCUUUGAUGUAAUUUAAAUCCCACUGUUGUCACUAUUUUAUAAUAGUCUCUCAAAAAUUCACAGCUGUCGAAAUCCAGUCUCACAUUACAAGACAUUAAUUGGAAAGUGUGGCCGUGAUGUGGCAGCCGCGUUCAGACAUAUAGUUAAACAAUUAUCCUACUGCUGUCACCAUUUUAGGACAUUUUCUUAUAACUACUAAAUAAGUUGCCAAAAGCAGAGUGGAAAGCUCUCGAAACCUUUGCCUCUGGCAAGGUAUAACCUUAUAUUGAAGGUAAACAAUAGGAAAAUGUGAGCCGUGACGUGUGAUAUCUAAUUUUAAUCCCUCUGCUGCCACCAAUUUUAGAUAUCUACAGAUAAAUUGCCAAGUGGGAGUCUCUCCAGUCUUCACAGAAUGCAUAGUGUAGCCAUAUUGAAAAAGUGAACAGAAAAAUUCAAAGACAUGUUAAUCAAAAGCUCACACUGCUGCCACCGUUUAAAAAUAAAUAACACAUUAUAUUUUUAUAUUGAAAGAUAGAAGGUUUUAAAUCUAUAAAGAGAAGUAACUUAUUCGUCGUGUACCAACCCUAAAAAGCGGUAUUAUCUCAUAAUGUUGCAUACAAAAUAUUAUGGUUCGUGCCUCAAUGUCUGUGAAUAUUACCAAAAACUUCAACACGACAAGAUAUUAUACAUAUAAAUUAAUAUGAAUGUUUUUAAGGUGAAUUUACACCAAGCAAAUGCCAGAGUGGGGACGAAAUGAGCACUCGCUCGCUUGGUGUAUAAUAGCUUUAGGGGAAUGCCGCACAUUAUACAAAACCGGGAAAAUAUAUAUUUAAUUUUAAGUGUAUGGCGUUCAGAGAGACGCCAUUUUAAAAUAGUGUGCGGUCAUGCAAAAUGGUUCCGAUCCGUAUAGCGGUUGCAUUAAGUUGAUAUUGUAAU